AUGGCGAGAAGGCACAGUGAGAAGGAGGCAGAGGAGCCUCCAGAAGUGGACGGAGAUGGCAGACUGAACAAAGCCCACACACCACUGCAUCCCCGCCUCCGGUGCCUACAUACCACUGCCAUCACCAUCUUGCCCAAAAGAAAGGCUGAAGGGGAUGCCAAAGGAGGUAAAGCCAAGGCAAAAGAUGAGCCACAGAGAAGAUCUGCAAGGUUAUCUGCUAAACCUGCUCCUCCAAAGCCAGAACCCAAGUUUAAAAAGGCCCCUGCAAAGAAGGGACAGAAGAUACCCAAAGGGGAAAAGGGGAAAGCUGAUUCUGGCAAGGAUGGGAAUAACCCUGCACAACAUGGAGAUGCCAAAAUAGACCAGGCACAGAAAGCUGAAGGUGCUGGAGAUGCCAAGUGAAGUGUGUGCAUUUUUGAUAACUGUGUACUUCUGGUGACUGUACAGUUUGAAAUACUAUUUUUUAUCAAGUUUUAUAAAAAUGCAGAAUUUUGUUUUACUUUUUUUUCCAGCUAUGUUGUUAGCACACAGAACACUUCAUUGUUGU